AUGACCAGCAAUGUCGGUACUAAUCCAAAGUUGCCAAUGCCGAGUGGGGAGAAAGAGCACAUCCUAGCUGCCUCCCUGGAAAUAGACAAGCAAAAGAACACGUGCAAAACUUAUACACAAAAAAGACAUGUAAAUUAUUUACUCGAAAUAAAGAGAAACAAUAAAAAGAUAGAAAAACCUUGCCCACAUGGAAAGGAGCCCUCAGAUGAGAAGAGCACCUUAUCACUUAACAGAAAUGGACGCACCAAAAUUUGCAAAGUUAGUAAAAACGAAAUUCACCUCAAAAGUGAGAAACAAAUAAGCGAAGCGCACUCUUAUCAUGAGCAUAAGGACACUCCUCAAAUGCUGACUGAGGGGAGAAGAAGAACCGCCUGCACAAUGGUCCAUAUAAAUAAAGUGAAAAACUGUAAGGUGUGCCCCAUGGGUAUUCUAAAAAAGGAUCAGGUAAAUGGAAAUCCACGGGGAGUCGACGCCCGAGCGAGCUUCGAAAAGAGCAGCUGCAGUAGGGCCAUGUCCACUCUGCUAAAGAAUGCAACAGUGAAAAGGGGCCACGGCAAAAAAGGGGAACAAAAAAGUGGCAUACACGUUACGCAUAAAUGUGGAACUCUCGUCGAAAGUAAAAAUGACCACCUGAACGCGCGAAAAAAUGCAACAGUUGCCACAGCGCACAUGAAAGGCCCCCCACAAGACACACAAUUUCAGCAAUCAGGAAGAGGCGUGAUCCCCCACACAACCUGCACAAUUUUAAAAAGUAAAAUGAGAAGAAAUUCACCAAAGGAGGGCCUAACCCCUCACUCUAAGGAAAAAAUAAAAGGGAGAAACGAAUUCUAUAGGAAAUGCCAAAUUGGAAAGGAGAAAAAAUGCACAUUAUUACCUGAUCAGGUCAGGCAAACAGAAAAAGGUGAUACAUAUGGUGGACACCGAAAUGAAGAAAAAAAUGGAACAGCCUGCAAAAGCGCAACGAAGAGAGAGGGGUGCCAAGUGUUAUCUCAAGCAAAAGUGAAAAAUGUAAAAAGUUGCACUCUUAAGAGGGGGGAACCCCAAUGUGGGUCAAAAGAAGGCACAGAAAGUGAGUUUAUUAAAAAAAUUGCUCAAUCAAACUGCACCGAGGAGGCAGCGGAAGACGUGAGCACAAAUGGGGGAACUCCUCCUCCCACGAAUAGCAUAAAGAGAUGCAGAGUCAGAACCAUUUUGUUGAACAAAACGUGGCUGCAAGAAGGGGCUAUGACAAAAUUGGUGUCGCUCGAAGGGGAGGACUCCGCCGGAAAGUUACCCAAUGAAAAUAAUUCUGGAGAGGAACAGCCCAUGGGGGAGCCACCCCACGUUACAAGCACACAUAAAGCAGAACCGAAAAAGCAAAAUGGAGAGGAGAUGCAACACACACAUAGGUACAAAACCAUAGAAGUGAAGGUGAAAAAGGGCAAAGGGCUGCGAAAAGAAUACCUCAUUACCAGCCAAAUCGGGAAGGGGACGUUCGGAAAAGUCUGCCUAGGAAUUCACAUACACACACACGAAAUAGUGGCAAUAAAAAUUUUAAACAAAAAAAAGUUACAACGAUUAAUCAGUUACGAAAAAAUAAUGAAGGAAAUAAAAAUACAUGAACAGAUGGACCACAAUCACAUAUGCAAAUUAUACGAAGCAUAUGAAGAUAGAAAAUAUAUAUAUAUGAUAUUAGAGUAUGUUUCCAACGGAGAUUUAUUGGCCUAUGUUUGUAAAAAAAAGAGAAGAAUAAAUGAAGACACAGCGAGGAGAAUCUUCUACCAGCUAAUCAGUGCAGUGGAUUAUUUACACAAAUUUAAUGUUGUUCAUAGGGACUUGAAACCAGAAAAUAUUUUACUAGAUGAUGAAGAAAAUAUAAAGCUAAUCGAUUUUGGUCUCUCCACUGUGUAUGAAAAAAAUAAUUUAUUAACAACAUCAUGUGGGUCCCCAUUUUAUACCUCUCCAGAAAUAUUACUGGGAAAUAAAUAUCAUGGAGAAUUAACGGAUGUGUGGUCCCUGGGAGUUAUCCUUUUUUUAUUACUUAAUCGCAAGCUGCCAUUUAAUCAUACCAAUUUGAAUGUACUCUUCCAGGAAAUUAUAAAAGGUCUGCUCCAUUUCGAACCGCACAUUUCCGAAGGCGCAAAAAAUUUAAUUCGAAAUAUGCUCAACGUAAAUUUCCAGAAGAGGUAUUCCCUCAGGGAGGUAAAAACGCAUCCAUGGUUUAAUUCCUACCAUAUGAAGAAAAAAAAUUUCACAAAAUUGCUACAAACCAGCUGUCACCUAAUUUGCUGUAAUGUAUGUUCAUACAAAAUUAUCAUUCUGAGCAGUACCCAGUGGAUGCGCUUAAUUUUAAAUAAAAUUGGCAAAAUUUAUGCCAUUGGAGUGGAUCAAGUUUGUCGCGAAUUAAGAGAAAAAGGGAAAAAUUCCAUCAAAACGAGUUUUUAUCUUUUGCUAAAUAAAACCAUUCGAAUGGUAUCCACCAAUAGUUCUUUAUGCUCCCACCUUGUCCUAGUCACACACAUGGGUGUCCAUCCUGAGGGGGGAAAUUGUCUACCCUUCCACCAUGAGGAGUUCUCCUCUCCACAUGGCAAUGCCGCUUCCGAAUGA